ACAUUGUACAAACAUGUUUUGAAUAGUCUGGUGUCGCCACCAUUUCUGUAUUGCAUGUGGCCAAGUGUGAAAUCGUGAGGUGGCACCAUGCAGAAACAAUAAGACACUCCCUCCAAUCCAAAAUAAGUACCGUGUUGUUUAGUUCAAAGGGAGUGGUUUUCAGCCAACGAGAGGAGAGAUGAGAGAGCGGGCUGUCGCACGAUUGCGAAGACCCCGCGCCCAUGAGCUAGUAGCUACAUCAACAUGGUGAAACACAAACGUGUGGCCGGCCUGUUGAGUUGUGUUGUUGCCUUUUCUGCUCCCACGGCAGUUCUUCAGAGUUCAGUCCGCACUGCACCUGAAAAUAGCAUGUGCGCCACCGCAGAAGAAAACAGAGAGAUCAGCGAUUCCAUAAACACUAACAGGACAUCAAGAACGAUGCAACGCCACCGCUCAAGUUCGCGAGAGCCUUAAUUAAGUAGAGCGGCUGGCACUUGCUAUUAUUUUUUUCUCAAUCACAAGGGGGAAAUCAUUAACCACACCUAUAAUGAGCAAUGAUAGAGUGCAGCAUCUAAGAAGCAAUAACGACGGUACAGUGCAGCUAGCAUCAGCACAUCAGCAUCCAAGCAAUGUGAUUCUUAACACCAAUUAUUCAGCUAUAAUUGAUACUCCUACAUGGUUCUUUCCACACGAGCAUCGUCAGAGCCAGGUGAUGAACCAGCCCGCCAUUGCCAGAGCUCACACGCUACCCAGUUUACUUUGAAUCCUUUGAAUACCUUCAAAUUCAGACGAUAACCACAAAGCCUUACGGUCCAUGGUCCGCAAUAGUGAGCCGGUGGAGCCAGGAGAACGGAAAACAACAGCAGACGUAUCCAUCGGACGAAGCUCGCGUCAUAUAAGGGGGUAAGUAAAGUAAACGCCUAAAAUCAAGAGGAUGGAAGAGAUAACAGAUCACCCAGCAGGUCAACCAUCCACCCCGUCCAUCAAGCAACAGCAUUGCACUUCUUCUUGCCCUCCACUUGGCCAUGUCCACACACUGACUUUGACAACGAUGAUUGCUCUCGAGCACGAGCGCCUUUUCGGAAACGGUCUUUCUUUCCCCUCGUGCUCUUUCAUGAUUAGACCGCCAUUUAUGCUUUGUCCAGUCAGGCCACAACAUAAGCCCUGGUUCCCAUGCUAGUUCCACCACCAAUAAACCAUGAAGACACACCAUUUCUCCAGCAGGGGACACAGCAGGAUAUUGCACAUACCUUCCCUUGCUCUUGUGUUGUUGCUCUGCUUGGUCUCGUCUACGAGUUCCUGCACGGAGCAGGAGAAGGCCUCCCUCCUCCAGCUCCUCGCCGGGCUUUCACAAGACGGCGGCCUCGCUGUCUCCUGGCAGCAUGGCACGGAUUGCUGCCAGUGGGAAGGCAUCACCUGCAGGCAAGAUACGACGAUCACCGAUGUCUUGCUGGCUUCAAAGGGCCUUGAGGGGCACGUCUCAGAGUCCCUUGGGAACCUAACAGGGCUGCGGCACCUUAACCUCUCCCACAACUCACUCUCCGGUGGUCUGCCACUGGAACUGGUAUCAUCCAGCAGCAUCCUUGUCCUUGACAUCAGCUAUAAUCAGUUCAACGGAACACUGCCAGAGCUGUCAGCUUCGACCCCUGCCCGGCCACUCAAGGUACUCAACAUCUCAAGCAACUUCUUUACAGGACAGUUCACAUCCACCAAAUGGAAGGGAAUGGAGAAUCUGGUCGCGCUCAAUGCCAGCAACAACAGAUUUACUGGGCAGGUACCAACUCAUUUCUGUAACACCUCCCCAGACAUCUCUGUGCUUGAUCUGUCUUUCAACCGCUUCAGCGGCAGUCUCCCCCAAGGCCUUGGUGAUUGUUCAAAGAUGAUAGAGCUCAGGGCAGGGUACAACGACCUCAGUGGAACUAUCCCAGAUGAACUCUUCAAUGCUACUUCGUUGGAAUACCUGUCUCUUUCUAACAAUCAUUUGCAUGGAGUUCUUGAAGACGCACACAUAUUUAACCUCAGAAAUCUGUCUACCCUUGAUCUUGGAGGGAACAAUCUCAGUGGUAAGGUUCCAGAUUCCAUAGGCCAGCUCAAGAAAUUGCAGGAGCUCCAUUUGAACAACAACAAUAUGUCAGGGGAGCUGCCAUCGGCUGUGAGCAAUUGCAUAAAUCUGAUAAUAAUUGACCUCAAGAGCAACAAUUUCAGUGGAGAACUUGCCAAUGUGAAUUUCUCCAACCUGCACAACCUAAAAACUUUAGACCUUCUGUACAACAACUUCACCGGGAAAGUUCCAGAAAGCAUAUACUCUUGCAGCAAUAUGACUGCACUGCGGUUAUCUGGCAACAAAUUACAUGGGCAGCUUUCACCACGAAUAGGUGACCUGAAGUACCUCACAUUCCUGUCACUUGGUAAAAAUUCUUUUAAAAACAUCACAAAUGCACUUCACAUCCUUCAGAGCUGCAGGAACCUUACCACCCUGCUUAUAGGGCAGAAUUUCAUAGGAGAGCACAUGCCAGAGUUAGAGAAAGUUGAAGGUUUUGAGAAACUUCAGGUUUUGGACAUUGGAGGAUGCCCAUUGUUUGGAAAAAUGCCUCUUUGGAUAUCAAAUCUAGCAAAUUUAGAGGUCUCCUGCAGCGAGCAGGAGAGGGGCUCCCUUCUCCAGUUCCUCGCCGGGCUCUUGCAAGACGGUGGACUCGCUGCUUCAUGGCAGAACGGCACGGAUUGCUGCAAGUGGGAAGGGAUCACCUGCAGGCAAGAUAGGACGGUCACCCAUGUCUUGCUGCCUUUUAAGGGUCUCGAGGGGAACAUCUCACGGUCCCUUGGGAUCCUCGACAGGCUGCAGCACCUUGAUCUCUCUCACAACUCGCUGUCCGGUGCUCUGCCGUUGGAAUUGGUGUCGUCCAGCAGCAUCAAAAUCCUUGAUGUCAGCUUUAACCAGCUCAAUGGAACACUCCACGAGUUGCCUUCUUCGGCCCCUCCCCGACCUCUCCAGGUACUGGACAUCUCAAGCAACUUAUUUGCAGGACACUUUCCAUCCAUCACGACGGAGAAUCUGGUCACACUCAAUGCCAGCAAUAACAGCUUUACUGGGCAGAUACCAACUCAACUCUGUAGUACCUCACCAUCCCUCACUGUGCUUGAACUGUGUUUCAACGAAUUCAGUGGCAGCAUCCCCCCAAGUCUUGGUAAUUGCUCCAGGCUGAGAGUGCUCGGGGCUGGAUACAACAACCUCAGUGGAGUAAUCCCAAAUGAACUCUUCUACACAACAUCAUUGGAGUACCUGUCAUUUCCUAACAACGAUUUACAUGGAGCUAUCGAUGGUACAAACAUAACCAACCUCAGAAAUCUUGUAACCCUUGAUCUUGGAAGGAACAGCUUCAGCGGCAAGAUUCCAGUUUCUAUAGGACAGCUCAAGAAAUUGGAGGAGCUCCGUUUGGACGACAACAACAUGUCAGGGGAGCUGCCAUCUGCUCUGAGCAACUGCACAAAUCUGAUAACAGUUGACCUCAAGAGCAAUAAUUUCAGCGGAGAACUUACAAAGGUCAAUUUUUCCCACCUUCCCAAUCUAAGAACAUUAGAUGUUUUCUUGAACAACUUCAGCGGCACAAUUCCAGAUAGCAUAUACUCUUGCAGCAAUCUGACAGCACUGCGGCUAGCUGGCAACAAUUUAUCUGGGCAGCUUUCUCCACAAAUAGCCAAUCUGAAGUACCUCACCUUCAUGUCACUUACUGACAAUUCUUUCAAAAAUAUCACAAAUGCACUUCACAUCCUUAAGAGAUGCAAGAACCUCACCACCCUGCUUAUUGCACUCAACUUCAGGGGAGAGAUCAUGCCAAAGGAUGACAAAAUUGAUGGUUUUGAGAAUCUUCAGGUUUUGGGUAUGGGAGGAUGCGAAUUGUCUGGCCAAAUACCACACUGGAUAUCAAAGCUAGGAAAUUUACAAAUAUUAGUAUUGUCUGACAAUCGGCUCAAUGGGUCAAUACCAGCCUGGAUCAAAACCCUAAGCAACCUGUUCUAUCUGGACAUAUCAAACAAUAGCUUCACCGGGAGGAUUCCAACAGCAAUUAUGGAUAUGCCAAUGCUGAAGUCAGAGAAGAGUAAAGCCCAUUUAGACCCAAGGGUAUUUGAGCUACCUGUUUAUAGUAGUCCAUCACGACAAUACCGUGUACCCACUGCUUUGCCUAAAGUCCUGGAUCUAAGCAAGAACAAAUUCACUGGUGUGAUCCCCCUGGAGAUCGGUCAGAUGAAAGCCCUUCUUUCACUCAAUUUCAGCUUCAACCACUUGACAGGACACAUCCCACAAUCAAUAUGCAAUCUCACAAAACUGCAGGUGUUGGACUUGUCGGCCAACAAUCUGACAGGUGAAAUCCCAGCUGCAUUAAACAGCCUGCACUUUCUUUCAGCAUUCAACAUUUCGAACAAUGACCUCAAAGGGCCUAUUCCAUCUGGAGGCCAGUUUAAUACAUUUCAGAAUUCUAGCUUCGACGGGAAUCCGGAGCUCUGUGGUUCUGUACUCGCUCAUAAAUGUGGUUCAGCUUCAACCCCUCUAAUCUCCCCAAAACAACGAAAUAAGAAGGCCAUUUUUGGAAUUGCAUUUGGUGUGUUCUUUGGAGGCAUUGCUAUUCUUUUGUUGCUGGGGCGUCUCUUUGUCUCAAUCAGGAUGAAGGGUGUUACAGCAACAAGUCAAAGGGGGAAUAAUGGAGACGUUGAUGCAUCUUCAUUUUACUCCAGUUCAGAGAAAACAUUAGUAGUGAUGUGGAUGCCACAAGGCAAUGGAGAAGAAAACAAGCUCAAAUUCAGUGACAUUUUGAAAGCCACGAACAACUUUGAUAAGGAAAACAUUAUUGGAUGCGGAGGUUAUGGAUUAGUCUACAAGGCAGAACUACCUGAUGGCUCCAAGGUGGCAAUUAAAAAGCUCCAUGAUGAAAUGUGUCUGAUGGAAAGGGAGUUCAGGGCAGAGGUUGAUGCACUCUCCACGACACAACAUCAAAAUCUUGUACCACUAUGGGGUUACUGCAUCCAGGGAAACUCAAGGCUCCUCAUAUAUUCCUACAUGGAGAAUGGCAGCCUAGAUGAUUGGCUUCAUAACAGGGAUGAUGAUGUUAGCUCAUGUUUUGACUGGCCAACUUGGCUCAAGAUCGCACAAGGAGCAAGCCUGGGACUUUCUUAUAUCCAUGAAGUCUGCAACCCUCAAAUUGUCCAUCGAGACAUCAAAUGCAGUAAUAUCCUACUGGACAAAGAAUUUAAAGCUUAUGUUGCAGAUUUUGGGCUAGCCAGAUUGAUCCUUUCCAACAAAACUCAUGUCACAACUGAGCUAGUCGGCACGAUGGGUUACAUUCCCCCGGAGUAUGGGCAGGCAUGGGUUGCUACAUUGAGAGGCGACAUCUACAGUUUCGGAGUAGUCUUGCUUGAGCUGCUUACUGGAAUGCGGCCUCUUCCAAUCCUAUCCACAUCAAAAGAACUUGUCCCAUGGGUGCUGGAGAUGAGGUCUGAGGGAAAGCAGGCUGAGGUCCUGGAUCCAACCAUUCGAGGCACAGGAAAUGAAGAGCAAAUGCUGAAGGUGCUUGAAGUCGCUUGCAAAUGUGUCAACCACAAUCAAUUCAUGAGGCCAACGAUCAUGGAUGUAGUCUCUUGCCUGGCCAGUAUAGACGCUGAGCACAGAUGCAAAGAUCAGUCAUGAUACAAUGAACUACACACUAUAUAAUCUUGUAUUCUCAUGCAUGGUGUACUUGUAAGUUGUAACUUUAUAGUUUCAGUAGGACUACUACUUCUGAUAAACCUACAGUUUGUUUUUCACUUUGUACAGAGCCUAACA